AUGGGUAAACUAGCUCUUACAGCAAUAGUGAGCUCAUGGGUUGUUCCUAUCACCAUAAUGGUCAAUCACAUAGUUACUGAGCCAUAUAUGGAUGAGAUAUUUCAUAUACCACAGGCUCAGCAGUAUUGUAAGGGAAAUUUUGGAAGUUGGGACCCUAUGAUUACCACCCCUCCUGGCCUGUACUAUCUUUCACUUGCCUAUAUUACUUCUUUGUUUCCAGGCUUAUACUCUGUAGAAGCUGCUUCAUCAUUUUUGGAUGUGUGCUCUGCUUCCUUUCUUCGAUCAAUCAAUGGUGUCUUAGCAAUCACAUGCAGCAUAAUUCUAUAUGACAUCAUUAUUCACUUGAAACCAACUCUCGGUGACAGAAGGGCAAUGCUUCAUGCAGUUGUCCUAUCCUUGUACCCCCUUCAUUGGUUCUUCACUUUUCUUUAUUACACAGAUGUCGCAUCCGUUACUGCUGUGCUGGCUAUGUAUCUUGCAAGUUUGAAAAAGGAUUACUGGUUAAGUGCAUUGGUUGGAGCCUUUGCAGUUGUUGUUCGACAAACAAAUAUUAUAUGGGUGCUUUUUGUCGCGUGCAUUGGUAUAAUUGAUAUUUCUCUGAUGCGUGGGAAGGGCAAUGCAAUAACAGCAAAGUCAGAUGUAUCAGUUGAGCAUGAUUUCACAUAUGCUACUGGUACAAGCGCAACAGGUUUAAAUCUUAAAAGGAGAAAGUCUGUUAAAACUGUAAAUACUUCCGAGUACUCUUUGCCUAGGAUAAUUGCAUCUUCUCCUUCAUUCUCUUCAGAUUUGUUUGAUGAAAUUUGGGCAGCCCUUUUAAUAAUAUGGCAUAUGAAGUUGGAACUUUUAAUUUCGUUUAGCCCCUAUCUCAUGGUGUUGAUAGCCUUUCUAUUAUUUGUGUAUUGGAAUGGAAGUAUUGUUCUGGGUGCAAAAGAAGCACACCCUGUUUCCCCACAUUUUGCUCAGAUACUAUAUUUUGGUUUAGUUUCUAUUUUGGCUCAGGCUCCCAUGCAUUUCACUUUCACCCAUGCUGUGGACAUGUUUCAGUCAUUUUGGAGAAGUAGGCCCCUUAGUUACAUUCAUAUGUUCCUGGCUCUUAUUGCUGGCAUUUUGUCUGUACACUUUUUCAGUGUAGCACAUCCAUACCUUCUUGCCGAUAACCGACAUUACCCUUUCUAUCUCUGGAGGAAAAUAAUCAUGGCUCACUGGUCAAUUAGAUAUCUUCUGGUCCCAGUUUACAUGUAUUCAUGGCUUUCAAUCAUCCAUAUGCUGGGUAAAGUUAGAAGUAAAUUAUGGAUAUUGGCAUUCUUCUUGGCUACAGCUGCUGUUCUUGUACCAGCUCCACUCAUAGAGUUCAGAUAUUACACCAUACCAUUCUAUUUCUUGGUGCUUCACUGUAACAUAAGGGAUGAUCCACAUUGGCUUCUUACAGGGAUGAUAUAUGUUGGGGUCAAUAUCUUUACAAUGUUAAUGUUUUUGUUUAGGCCAUUUCAUUGGGAUCAUGAGCCUGGGAUUCAAAGGUUUAUAUGGUGA